AUGAUGGGAAAAGAGAAAUACAUUAUAACUCCUUGUCAUAUGUUGGAUGUCAGCAGCAACACAUCAGCAUCGGAAUUGAAAUUGUCAUCAUCAUCAUCAGCGUCAGCAUCAACAUCAUUAGCAGAACUGAAUAUGUACUAUAGACGAGAAUAUAAACGAGACUAUAGACGAGACUUAACUAUAGACGAGCCUGUAGCCGAGACUGUAGACGAGACUGUAGACGAGACUGUAGACGAGAGUGUAGACGAGAGUGUAGACGAGAGUGUAGACGAGAGUGUAGACGAGAGUGUAGACGAGACUGUAGACGAGACUGUAGACAAUACUGUAGACGAGACCGUAGACGAGACUGUAGACGAGACUGUAGACGAGACUGUAGACGAGACUGUAGACGAGACUGUAGACGAGACUGUAGAGGAGACUGUAGACGAGACUGUAGACGAGACUGUAGAGGAGACUGUAGAGGAGACUGUAGAGGAGACUGUAGAGGAGACUGUAGACGAGACUGUAGACGAAACUUUAGACGAGACUGUAGACGAGACUGUAGGCGAGACUGUAGACGAGACUGUAGACGAGACUGUAGAGGAGACUGUAGAGGAGUCUGUAGACGAGACUGUAGACGAAACUUUAGACGAGACUGUAGACGAAACUUUAGAAGAGACUGUAGACGAGACUAUAGACUAG